AUGCCAGACCCACAAGAAACGUGGGGCCCUGCCCACUUGGCCAGAUCAGAGAGGUGAUGCAUUGAUCUGCCGCAGCAGGAUUUGGAGGGAAAACUGGAAAAAACUAAUUACAAGGGAAAGAGAAAACGUAAAUAAAGAAAAAAGGAAGGGGAAAAGAAAUAAUAGUAACAGGAGGAGGCCACGCCAAUGGCUUAUUGGCUUUGCUGUUUAUAUUGGGCCUUUACAAUGUAAGCGUAAAAAAAAUCUCUUUCUGCCUUUCUCUCUCUAUUUCCCUCUCCCUCGCUUUUUUCGCCGGAAAGUUGCGUCAUCAAUUGGUGAUGCUAUCCGUCUGAUUGCUGCUCAGGAACCCGGAGAGGUAUUUAAUAUUCGCUGUUCGAUUUGCCGUUUAGUGGCGUUUUGUUUUUGUGGGGGGUUGCCUUUUCGGUAGUUGCUGGGUCAGAUCUGGUUUUCUUUUGCUUUCAUACUUUGUUUUGAGAGAGAUUUAGGGUUUUAAAUUUCUUAUCUUUGGAAUUUGUUGCUCAAUUUGGGAUGGUUUUGAACGGAAUUUUAAAAUUAUAGGGGUUUUGGUUGUUUUUUGCUGUGUGUAUGGAAGAGGGAAGAAGAUCUGGUGACCCGUCUGGGGCUAUGGUCAAGAAUAGGAGCUCUUCCGGCUGUUUGAUUGUGAGAAAAAAGGGUAAUGAUGGUAUGGGAGGAGUGGGUUCUUCUGGUUCACGUAAGGUUCUUGCGUCCAAGAAGGAGAAGAAGAGGGCUAGGAUGGAUAUGAGCGAUUCAGGGUCUAGUGAUGAGCUGUUAAUGCCAUCUCGAAGAAGGGUUGCCGCGGAAACUUUACGGGUUUGUAAUGGUUUGAGUCUUUAUGAUAAGGGUAUCGUUGAAGAGAAUGAUAUUGGUAGGAAGAGGAGUAGGGGAGAAAAGAUUAGGAUUAACGACGUUGACAUGAUCGAUAGGAACGGAGAUGAUUUCAGUGAAAGGAAGAGGAAUAAGUUAGAUGUGUUUGAGUUUGACGAAUAUGAUGGAAAUGAUGGAGAAAUGAUAAGGAGGAAUCGCUUUGAUGAAGAUGGGAUGGAAGGAAGGAGGAUUUUCGGUUCAAUGAUGGCGGGAAGAAGUGGCAAUGAAAGGGAAUAUGAGACAGGAUCCAGUAGACAUCCUGUUGUUGAUAGAAGAAAGAGUUCAUACUUUGAGAGAACAAGUGGACUGAAUCGGGCGGAUCAUGGUGGCAGAGAAGGUGCUCCCUCAUCUAUGUCAUUUUAUAGGGAUAAAUAUGAUAAAGAUGAACCCAUUAGGGUUCAAGGGAAAAAUGGUGUUUUAAAGGUAAUGGUGAAUAAGAAGAAGGUGGAUGGAUCUUUGAAAAGUUAUGAUCGCUUGGAAGCAGAGGAAAAGAGAAAGGGUGCGAAGAUGAAAAAUACUGUCAGACGGAAUGAUCUAAUCCGUUCUUCACUUUACCCAGAGUCUAAAAGUGCUGAUAAAGGGAGUUCAUUUGCUGGGACACUGAAAAAACCUAUGAAUAUGCUGAGAUCAUCAUCAGCUAGGAAUGGCAAGGUCAGAGAUCGUGAUUCAGAAGAUAGCGAUUCAUCACUAAAAUUGGGACUCAAGGAUAUGGAGGCUCGUAAGUCUUUGAGAACACCAUUGCCAACUAAGAACCAUAAGGGCCCUGAGGUAGAUUCAGAGGACAGUGAUACAUCAACGAAGUUGGGGCUAAAGAAUGCAGAAGCUCAUAAAACUAUGAAAAGGGCAAGCAAUGAUGGUGAAAUAAGCCCUUGCAAUCAGCUUCAAUCUGCUAAAAUUGGGAAGGUUAAGCGUGGUACUGGCACAGAAAAGCAAAAGUUGCGUGAACAUAUACGAGGGAUGCUUCUGAAUGCUGGCUGGACAAUAGACUAUAGACCAAGAAGGAACAGAGACUACCUAGAUGCAGUUUACAUAAAUCCAACGGGAACGGCUUAUUGGUCCAUCAUCAAGGCAUAUGAUGCACUUCUAAAGCAAUUAAAUGAUGAGGAAGAGGAAGCAAAAUCCAAGGCUGAUGGUUGUCCAUUUACACCCCUAUCAGAUGAGGUGCUCAGCCAACUAACAAGGAAGACUCGAAAGAAGAUGGAGAAAGAAAUGAAAAGGAAGCAAAGAAAUGAAAGUGACAAUGCACGGGAAACUGCAGCAAGAAGGUCUUCUAGUUCCCGGCAUGAUGAGGAAAGCAUGGAUAGUGGAAGCCAUGAAGAGAAACUGAGCUCCUUCAUAAAACAGAGCGGUAAGUCAUUGAAGAGUAGAACAAAUGGUAACAGCUUUCUCAAUGUAAACACGAAAGGUCAAAGUUCUACUCGUCAUCUGCAUGAUGACAUGGAGAAAAUUCCAUCUGGAUCCAGUUCUCAUCAAGGAAGAAAAAGUAGAAAACUUGGCAGAUGUACAUUGUUGGUACGUAAUUCUAAUGAAGGGCUAAACUCAGAGAGUGGUGGCUUUGUUCCAUAUGCUGGCAAACGGACACUACUUUCCUGGCUGAUUGAUUGUGGAACUGUUCAGUUGAGCCAAAAGGUGCGAUACAUGAAUCGUCGACGAACAAAAGUAAUGCUGGAGGGCUGGGUCAAUCGAGAUGGUAUUCAUUGUGGUUGUUGUAGUAAAAUCCUCACAGUCUCAAAGUUUGAGAUCCAUGCAGGGAGCAAACUUCGCCAACCAUUUCAAAAUAUAUAUCUCGAUUCUGGGGUUUCCGUUCUGGAGUGCCAAAUUGAUGCAUGGAAUAGACAGGAGUCAAUUGAGCACAUUGGUUUCCAUUCUGUUGACAUUGAUGGUGAUGAUCCAAAUGAUGAUACAUGUGGCCUCUGUGGAGAUGGUGGGGAUUUGAUCUGCUGCGAUGGUUGUCCUUCAACAUUUCAUCAGAGCUGCCUCGAUAUACAGAUGUUGCCUCCAGGUGAUUGGCAUUGUCCAAAUUGUACAUGCAAAUUUUGCGGAGUAGCCAGUGAGAAUAUUUAUCAGGAAGAUGAGGCAACUGUUUGUGAACUUCAAGCUUGCAGCAUGUGUGCAAAGAAAUAUCACAAAACAUGCGUACUGGGGAUGGAUGCUUUGUCUGUUGAUAGCAAUAGUUCAUUUACUUGUUUCUGUGGGAAUACAUGUAGAGAGCUUUUUGAGCAAUUGCAAAAGAACCUUGGGGUCAAACAUGAACUUGAAGCAGGAUAUUCAUGGUCUCUCAUCCAUAGAACAGACAUAGACUUAGAUAUAUCUCCCCAGGGCCUUCCUCAAAGAGUAGAGAGCAAUUCAAAGUUGGCCAUUGCUCUGUCUGUUAUGGAUGAAUGCUUUUUGCCUAUUGUUGACAGGAGGAGUGGGAUCAACUUAAUCAAUAAUGUGCUUUAUAACUGUGGAUCAAACUUUAAUCGGCUGAAUUAUAGUGGUUUUUAUGCUGCUAUUCUGGAGAGGGGUGAUGAAAUAAUUUCUGCUGCAUCUAUCAGGUUUCAUGGAACUCAGUUGGCAGAGAUGCCAUUCAUUGGAACACGCCACACGUAUAGGCGUCAAGGGAUGUGUCGCCGGCUUUUCUGUGCCAUUGAAUCAGCACUCCGCUCCCUUAAGGUUCAGAAGCUGAUUAUCCCUGCAAUUUCCGAACUAACUAAUACAUGGACAGGGGUUUUUGGUUUCACCACACUUGAUGAACCACUCAAGCAAGAAGUGAAGUCUAUUAAUAUGUUGGUAUUCCCUGGUAUAGACAUGUUACAGAAGCAGCUGUUUGAUCAAGAAAAUAUAGAUGGAAACAAGUCUACCAGCUCAGGUGAUGAAGGGAUGGAAUGCAAAGAUGGUCAACAUAUCCAGCCUGAGGUUGCAGUUAAAUCUGAUAUUGAUUCUUCAGCCAUGCAUGAUGAUCUUAAUGAGUGUGAUAAUGGUGGUUUGGAAUGUGCCAGUGGGACUAAUGAUGAAGUGGCAGCCUCAAAUUCUGGUUCCGAAUGUAUGGGCAUUCCAUUAAAUGAUGUUUCAGUGAUUAGUAGUUCUUUGGAUGCAUCUCUUGAACCUAAAAAUCCUGUACUGCUCAAGGAGACUGUAAAUGCAGAUUCUGAUUCAGGAGAUCAGUUAGAUGAAACUGCUUUGGAGAAGAAAAGUCUGUGCGUCUCUGACACAAGUCAUUAUGAUCUGGACAAGAUGGAAAAUAAAGCGGAUUCAAAUUUUCCUGCUGGAGAUAAUACUCAGUCUUGUUCUGAGGGUGAUGCGUCUCCUAUGAAUUCUGAUUCGCGCUGUCUGGGUGUUUCCUUAGACGAUACGUCUGUGAUGAGCAGUUCUUUAGUUGCUUCUAAUGAUCUUAAAAAUUCAGUUUCAAUUGAGAGGAAUACAUGUGCUGAUUUUGAAUCAGGCGACAAGUUAGCUGAGUUGACUUCUGACAGAAAACGUCUCAUCAUCUCUGAUGUGAGUGGUGAUAGACAGGAGGAAAAUAAACCAGAAUUGGCUUCUCUUGUCAAAGAAAAUAUUCAGUAUUGUGAAGAGGGCAAUGUUGGGGAUGCCCAUGGAUUAAAUCUGAAUGAGACUACUUCUGGUGAACAUAAAAUCUCAAUCUCAAUAGAAGAGGCUAAAUCUGUUGUUUAUCAAUUGGAGAAUGAGUUUUCUGAACUGGCUUCUCAGGGGGAACACCAUUUUGACUUGGGUGCUAAUCAUAGUGCUGUAGAUAUGGAAACUAAGCCCCUAGUGGAUUCACUCAUUAAGACUAGGUCCCAGUCUAGCACAGAGGAUGUACACACAGUUAAUACUGAUGUGGCUUGUAUUGAAUCUGUUCCUCCCACAACAGACAGUACUGUUGAUAAUUCCAAUGGAAAGGUUGACGAAGGUUCAGUUGUCUCUGUUUCCGCAUCCAAUGGUGCUAAUGGGAAUUCCAUGCAAGUUAAUUUUGAGCCAAAUGAUGAAAUAGCCUGUGAGGGAGGAAGCAAAUUAGAUGUGGCUUCAGAAGCUGUUUCUGAGACAAAACAAUGUGAAGUACGUUCUCCACAUGCUCCUGCAGAUGAUUUCAGGACUGAUAUGAGGGAAGGGAAAACUGAAUCGUGCUCUGUCUGAUGCUUUCAGAACAUUCCUGUUGAAUGUUGUCUAGGCCACUUGUAUGAUUAUUAAUGUGGCUUGCGGUGACUUUUAAUGAGCGUUAGGGCAUUGGUGGUGUUGUGUAAUGCUCUGACUUUGAUGUUAGCAAGAAAUUAUAGGUUUCUGAUGAAAAGUGAUUAGGUCUGCGGAGUAUGAUCUAAAAAGGUUCUGGUUUAACUCUGGAGCAUAUCAAAAUUAACUUGGCACUGACAACUUCAAAUUGAGCCCUUGGUGGAAUUAAUUGGUGCUAGAUGAGCUUUGAGGUCAGAGGAGAAGUUGCUGCUGUGGAAACACAUAUUUCUGGAGGUUGUUAAGGCAGAUGCUUUGAAUUUCGCUGGUCAAUUUUCUCAUGCCUUGCAGCAUGUACAUAUCUGAAUCUGCCAAGUUCCACAUUCAUAGUUUCUCUGGAAGUCUCGUAUUAAUUCAUUUUUAUGUAGCAACGCCCUUUAUAUCUAUGUUAACUUGUCACAUGACAUAGGUGGUUGCAGACAGAUUUUGAAUAACAUUUUUCUUGUAAUUAUAACCUUUAUUCCAUUGGCCCGCAUUUGUUCAUAUGAUUAAUUUAUGUCAGCUGCAAGUUCUACCC